AGGCAGACCUGCAGGAAGGGAGACCGUCGCUCUGUUCCAUCCAGUCCAAGUGCUCCUGGCGGGUUUCCUCUCUCUCUCUCUCAAGGCCUUCGUGUUGGGCAACCAUCUUGUGCAACUUUCAGUGUUCCUCACGCUGGCCUGGGGCUGUGGUGGCCAUGUCUGCUCAUGGAUUCCACUGACUUUCUAACAAACAUCCCAUGGACUCUUAGGACGAUGACCAGUGUAGGCUCAGGGCCCUAAACACCACCGGUGUGAUGGUUGAUACUGAGACAAAAAUAGUCCAUGUGCGGUUAAAAGCUCAGUACCUCAAGUGUGGUUUCCCAGCAAGAUACUGGUCGAAUGUGAGGACUUGUUAACUAAUGGUGUCUGGCAGAUUGCAGGAAGAAACAGCCUAUCAACAAUAAUAAAGAACCAAGCUUAAGAAGUCUCAUUGCUAUAUUAGACCGCAUACUGUAUUAGAAACAAAGAAUACCAACUCGCAAUAUGGCAAGCUCAAAUGCAACAAAGAAGUUUCUUCAGCAAGUUUUGACUGCAGUGGCAGAAGGAGCGGGUUUUAACAAAAAUCUAUCCAAACUACGUAUUGUGUCUGGCGGAAUGGGAAAGUGCACAGCAGAAAUGAAGGUUGAACAAGAACAUACUAAUCGAGCUGGAAUUUUACAUGGAGGUCUCACAGCAACUUUAGUGGAUGCUGUAUCAACAAUGGCUUUGAUGACCACAGAACAAGCUCUUCCUGGGGUUUCAGUGGACAUCAAUGUAUCGUAUAUAAGUGCAGCUAAGACUGGGGAAGAAAUAAUUAUAAAUGCAGAAACUCUCCGAGUUGGAAGAAAUUUGGCAUUCCUGAAUGUUGACGUCAUAAAUAAAGAAUCUGGUGCUCUUAUUGCCAAGGGCAGUCACACAAAAUAUGUUGGAUAAGUUAUACUAAUACUGUACAGUAUUAACUUUCCUGCAUAUGCCAUUUUGUGAGAAAAACCCAUAAUAGAUAUUUUAUAAAUACAGUACAGUGUAAUUGUACAUUUAUGUAGACAUUAAUUUUGUAAAUAUUGUACAAUAUAUUUGAGUUGUUUAGGCCCCAUCUUUGACACUAAAUAUAUAUAUUGUAUUUGUU